GUUGCCAUUGUAUCAGAAGGCUUUGUGUGGGCUGACCGCUGGAGCGAUUGGAGCAUGUGUUGGCAGUCCAAUGGAUUUGGCACUCAUCCCUAUGCAGGCUGAUGCCACAUUACCUGCUGCCCAUCGGCGUAACUACAAAAAUGUCUUCCAUGCCUUUUAUCGUAUUGUUGCAUAUGAAGGAGUUUUAGCUCUCUGGAAAGGUGUUGGUUCAACCGUUGUUAGAGCUAUGACACUUAACAUGAGAAUGCUCACCUCUUAUGAUCAAAGUGUUGAGUUCUUUCAAGAUACCCUUGGUAUGGGUGAGGCUGCCACAGUGCUAGUGCAAUGGAGGUAAG